AUGGGACCAGAGCUGGUGCAAGAGACUGAUGGGGCUAUUCGAAGGAUUAGAGCAAGGAUGCAGACGACCCAAAGCAGGCAGAAAAUUCCUUACUGGUUGGCUCCGCCUCCAACUCAGGUUGCGGUGCAUAACGUGUUCCAUGUGUCCAUGUUGAGAAAGUAUGUACAUGAUCCUUCUCACGUAUUGGAUCCCGAACCAUUACAGUUAGAUGAGAGCUUGUGCUAUGAGGAAGUACCCAUAGAGAUCUUAGCCAGGGAGACCAAGGUGCUGAGGAACCGAACUGUUGACUUGGUAAAAGUCCUGUGGAGAAAUCACCAAGUGGAGGAGGCUACCUGGGAGAGGGAAGAUGAGAUCUCAGCCAAAUAUGCAGAGUUGUUUGCUCAGUGA